GAAAUAUUUCACAUUUUUCUACACUUUCUAUAUACUUAAAUUUAUAAUAAUUAAACGAUUAAUAAAGGAUGAGUCUGCAAUAUCGGCUGCUUUUUAACAGGAACAAUAUCUAGACCUGGGAAACUCCUCAUUUCAACAUUCGACAUCCGUUGUAUUUAAAAAAAAAGAUUUAUUUCUUUGCAAUGUAUUGCACUUUGAUGAAGAAAAAUUCAUUAUAUUUGUUUAAAACCCAAUGUUCAAUCAAUGGAUCCUAAUCAGAAUUUCUGUGCGGUAAUUCUGAGCCAACACAUGUUCAAGUGUAAAUUUCGUCUCUGGGCCGUUGCUGGCCGUUGCUCUAAGCCUCUGCCUCCCCUGAUGGUGCCACUUAUAUGCCGAUCACAACAAACAAAAGUUUGCCGCUCAUGAAUUUUUGAACCCUGUGAACAUAACCUCACCAAAUAGACGUCAAUUGUAUUUCCGAUUAGAAGUUGAAGAUUUUUUCAAAAAAUGUUGACAGAAUAUUUUUUAAAACAUCACAAGCACGAAAUCAUCGAAAUAUUGGAUGCGCCUGAACAACAUGCACAAUAUGCAAUUUAUGUCAAUUUUCUUGAUUUAUUCGAGGCUGACGUUGACAGUGCCAAUAAACUACGCCAUCGUCCUCGAGAAUAUUUGCCUCGUUGCGACGAAUCAGCGAUAAAAGCCCAACAAUUGAUAGUUACAGCGGAACAAACUGUCAAACAAAGAGUAAAAACCAGAAUCACCGGUGUUCCACUCAACGUCAAUGAGGGUCUCAUUGGUGAGCUGGUAUCGACAACUGGAAUUACAGUUCGAAUUUCUCAGCCCACUGUUUUAAAACUCAUAGAGCGAUAUAAAUGUCGAAAAUGUGAAUAUGUCACAGUCCUCAAGUUGGAUUGGGAGAGGCAAGCUUUCGAAGAGACCAAAGAAUGCGGGGCUUGCGUGGCACCAACCAUAUCUUUAUUGCCAUCAUUGCAGUACGAAGAUUCAGGAGAUUAUCAAGAGAUAAAAAUUCAGGAAAAGUGCGAUACAGAUUCGAAAAAUUCUUACACGGAGGGUUUAGAAGUUAUUCUAAUGGAUGAUUUAGUAGACAAAUGCAGGCCAGGUGAUCUAGUGGAUAUUUGUGGUGUUAUAAUAAGACGUUGGGACCUGUUUGAAGAAGGCGAACGAAUGAUAGCAACGACAAUCAUGAUUGCAAACAGUAUAUCUGUACGUCGUAAAAUUACCCAAUCGAAAUUUUCAUCAAAUGAGAUUCAAGAUAUUUUUCAAAGUUAUUGGGAUAGAUAUCGAGACAACCCCUUGGUUGGCAGAGACAAUAUCGUUGCUUCGAUUUCACCCCAGCUUUUUGGUAUGUAUGUCGUCAAAUUGGCUUUGGCUCUCGUGCUCGCGGGAGGCGUCACAAAAACAAAUAAUACAGGAUCUCGAAUACGAGGUGAAUCACACUUGCUUCUCGUCGGAGAUCCAGGAACUGGAAAAUCUCAAUUACUUCGAGCAGCUUCCCGUUUGGCUGUUCGUUCGGUAUUGACAACUGGUGUGGGCACUACGGCUGCUGGGUUGACUGCAGCAGCUGUCAAAGAUGCAGACGGUUGGCAUUUGGAGGGCGGAGCCCUCGUAUUGGCGGAUGGCGGUGUGUGUUGCGUGGACGAGUUUACAACAAUGAGCUCAGAAGAUCGUGCCUCGCUCCACGAGGCGAUGGAACAACAAACGAUAUCGAUAGCAAAAGCUGGUUUAGUCAGUACACUGAAUUCUCGUUGUUCUGUGGUCGCAGCAAUUAAUCCAGACGGUGGUAAUUUCGUCGAAGGCGAAGAGAUGAAAACGAGCUUAGGCGAUCCUCUCUUGUCACGAUUCGAUCUCAUACUACUUUUGAAGGACAACAAAAAUCGUGAAUGGGAUCGCAUGAUGACGGAUCAUAUUUUACGAGCUGCUUGCAGUCGUAAUGUUGAUGCACAAAGCAAAAUGGACUUAAAAAAGCCCAUGGACCUAUUAAAAUCCGAUGGAAUAUGGAAGGAAGAAAGUUUACGAGAAUAUUUGGCCUACGUACAUUCAAUCAAACCAGUGCUAACGCGAGAGGCUGAGAAAGUUUUAAGUACAGUAUUUUUGUACCACAGAUCGAAUCCUGAUAGGCGAGAAGAGAGAACGACGGUUCGGCUUCUCGACAGUCUCGUACGCUUAGCCGAAGGUCACGCACGAUUGAUGUUUAGAGAUCGUGUCGAAAUAAUGGACGCUAUAUUUGCGACUAAGCUGAUGGGAACUCAUCCCGGAUCUAGUACUGAAAUGGGAUGCCCAUUUCCUACCGAUCCGACCGAAACUUAUCGGCAAGAAGCAAUGGCACUUCUGCAUCACCUCGAUUUGCAAGAUUUGAUUACGUCGCUGUAAAUGAAAAAAAAUCGUCGACACCGACGUGCGCCCUUUUCCAAAGAUGAAAAUAAUCAAAAUGACAAAUAAAUGAAUCGUCAAAUUCUU